GCGCUGCAAUUCUGCAGCAAUGUGCAGGAGGGUGGGGGGGGCGAAGAAACUUCACUUUCCGGCUCGGGAGCCGACAGGCAGGACUCACUGGUGUCUGGCAGGCGUCUUCGCUAGCUUUGCUUUGCCAGCACGGCUCGGCUUGGGAGGAGAAGGCGAGGAGGCGCUGCGUGGGCACUGCGUGGGUUCCUGCGUGGGUCAUCGUGCAGAUCGCUGCGAUUGCGGAAACGAACGUGCGGGACUCGCCGGAUCGAUCGCAACUUGUGCACAAAGUCUGACAGACCGAGCAACAGACGUAUAGAGUGUGUGUCGAGAGCCAGCCAGCUCUGCCAAGCCUGGACCGCUGUCAAACAGCGAGGAGGAACGAAAACACUCACUGCAAAUCUUGUUUUUUUUAUUUUUUUGUUCUUUCUGAUCGGAAUUAAAGACUAGGGGGCCGGAGCAAUUGGUCAGAUAGUGUUUGUUCUUGGUUCCGUUAAAACAGCAGCGGCAGCAAGUUGUGCGACUUUUUUUUCCACCUUAAAAUAAAUCAAAACGGUGGCUGAAAAUGAAGCACUUCGUCUCAGCAUUGUAAAGUUUCUAACGUACACUUUACAUGGCAAUGGAUGAGUUCCAUCCAUUCAUUGAAGCGCUGCUGCCCCACGUGCGCGCCUUCGCCUACACCUGGUUCAACCUGCAGGCCCGCAAGAGGAAGUACUUCAAGAAACACGAGAAACGCAUGUCCAAGGAGGAGGAGAGGGCGGUGAAGGACGAGCUGCUCAGCGAGAAACCAGAGGUCAAGCAAAAGUGGGCGUCGCGCCUCCUUGCCAAACUGCGCAAGGACAUCCGGCCUGAGUUCCGGGAGGAUUUUGUGCUCACUGUCACAGGGAAGAAGCCCCCCUGUUGCGUGCUCUCGAACCCCGACCAGAAGGGCAAGAUGCGCAGGAUUGACUGCCUGCGACAGGCUGACAAGGUCUGGAGGCUGGACUUGGUCAUGGUGAUAUUGUUCAAAGGUAUUCCCCUUGAAAGUACUGAUGGAGAGCGUCUGGUAAAGUCGCCGCAGUGCUCGAACCCAGGCCUGUGCGUGCAGCCCCACCACAUAGGAGUUUCAGUAAAGGAGCUUGACUUAUACUUGGCAUACUUUGUGCAUGCAGAAUCAGGGCAGUCCGAAAGCCCGAACCAGGCAAGCGAGGCUGAUAUCAAAGACCAGCCGGAAAAUGGACAUCUGGGCUUCCAGGACAGUUUCGUCACAUCAGGUGUCUUCAGCGUUACAGAGCUGGUGCGAGUAUCACAGACCCCCAUAGCCGCAGGAACGGGCCCCAACUUCUCCCUGGCCGACCUGGACAGCUCCUCCUACUACAGCAUGAGCCCGGGAGCCAUGCGCCGGCCGCUGCCCAGCACUUCCUCCAGCAGCUCUGCAAAGCGCAUCAAGUGCAUGGAGGAUGAGGUGGACAGCCCCGGAGAGGAGUCCUAUUACCCUGGGCAGGGUCGCUCACCAGGCAGUGGUAGCCAGGCAAGCAGCUGGCACGAAGUGGAACCAGCUGGAUAUAAACUACGUGGCUCUCUAGCUAGUACGUUCAUCUCAAGACAAGGGAUGCCAUCGCCUACUACAUUAAAGAAGUCAGAGAAGUCUGGUUUCAGCAGCCCCGUGCCUUCGCAGACCACCUCCCCCCGAACGGCAUUCACACACCAUCAUCGGCCUGUCAUUACAGGACCCAGAGCGAGUCCGCACGCCACGCCCUCCAGCCUCCACUUCCCGACGUCGCCAAUCAUCCAGCAGCCCGGCUCCUACUUCUCUCACCCCGCCAUCCGCUACCACCCCCAGGAGACCCUCAAGGAGUUUGUCCAACUUGUCUGCCCUGACAGUGGCCAGCAAGCUGGACAGGUGGGCUUCCUUAAUCCCAACGGGAGCAGCCAGGGGAAGGUGCACAACCCGUUCCUGCCCACGCCCAUGCUGCCUCCUCCGCCCCCGCCCCCCAUGGCGCGACCCGUGCCCCUGCCCGUGCCGGAGUCCAAACCUCCUUCCACUUCCACGGAGGGAGGGGGCAACUCCCCCACCUCGCCAACCUACUCCACACCCAGCACGUCCCCGGCGCAGCGCUUUGUCAGCGUCGGCCCCCGAGACCCCAGCUUUGUAAAUAUCCCUCAGCAGCCUCAGUGGUACCUGGGCUAAGGACUCCGGACCCUCACCGGCCACUCGACAGACCACUCGAUCCCCGCUGUCCCCACUGAGUUUGGCCUGUGAACCUGUACACCUGUCUGACAGAGACGAGCCCUUGAACCCACCCCCCCACCCACCCCCCAACCCCGAAACACACCUGUUCCUGAGAGACGCAUGGCUACAGCAGAACCCCAGCCCUCAUCUGAAGCAAGAGGAAUCCGCGCCUAGGCAUACAUGCAUCUACUCCAUAUAUCUAUAUAGUCCAUAUAUAUUUAUUUAUAUGUAUGGUUUAUAUAUCUAUAUUUAUAUAUGGGUGCAAUCUGUCUCUGUUGGAAGUGCUCGUUGGAGCAACGUGGGAGAGCGCACGUUUUUCGUCCUUUUUGCCCAUUGUGCCAGAGGCCCGAGGGGGGGAACCCAAUGGGACUGGAUCAAAUCCCUUCUCUCCACCUUUCACUCUAGCCGGUCUUAACCGUGGCUCGACUGCAGAUGCACUGGCCGCGGGUCCGCAGGUGUGUGCAAACCAGUGCGUGUACAUAGUGUAAGGUUCAUGGUCUCAAAACGAUGGUUUUGGAAGGUUUGAGCUGUUUCUUUUUCCUCUCUUUCUUAGUCGUUUUAAUGGAUCUGAUCGCAUUACUUUGUGUUUUGUCUGGUCUGGUGGCUCACGAAUGCAGGGGUUUUGCCUGGGUCAGGUGCAGAGCGAAGGCCCCCCCACCCUGUCCUUGCUGGCUCUGGCCGUGGGAAGGUGAGGCCACCCGGGCUUUUCAGGGACAUAUCACAGUGCAAAUGGAAAGCAAGCAGCAGAAAUCGCACCAUCCUCACUGGUUUACGGGGCAGUUGUGUGGGGGGG